CGGAGGGGAUCGCCUGGCCUGCUGCAUGGGCCUGCAGCAAGCAGCUCCCUCGCAGCCUCAAUGGUGGUUGCACCGCCUCUUUGCCGUCGUUUUUGGGGGGAGCCGAGAGGCUCCGCAGCCCUUUUUUAAGGCUUCUGGUGGUGCAGGGCUCCUCGCCCGGAUUGGACUCGGAUGCUGCUGCAGCAGGGCGGUGGUGGCGGUGGUGGUGGUGGUGGUGGUGGUGGGGGGGAGGCCUCCGGCCAGCAGCAUGCACACGCUGCAGAAGGACACCACGUUCACCAAGAUGUUCGUGGGCGGCCUGCCCUACCACACCACCGACUCCUCCCUGAGGACCUACUUCGAGGCGUUCGGGGACAUCGAGGAGGCCGUGGUCAUCACGGACCGGCAGACCGGGAAAUCCCGAGGCUACGGCUUCGUGACAAUGGCAGACAGAGCUGCAGCGGAAAGAGCUUGUAAAGAUCCCAACCCCAUCAUAGAUGGCCGAAAAGCAAAUGUUAACCUGGCCUAUUUGGGAGCAAAGCCAAGGAGUAUUCAGACUGGUUUCACAAUUGGUGUGCAGCAGCUACACCCAGCCUUUAUUCAGAGGCCUUACGGGCUCACUCCUCACUAUAUUUACCCACAAGCCAUCGUCCAGCCCAGCGUGGUGAUCCCGACGCCCGUCACGUCUCCGUACAUCGACUACACUACCGCGAGCCAGGCCUACGCUCAGUACACCACAGCUGCCUAUGACCAGUAUCCCUACGCUGCAUCUCCCGCUGCCGGAUUCGUGGGCUACGGCUUCACUGGUGCCGUCCAGCAGCCCCUAACAGCCAGCAACCCCACGACAGCGUUUGUCCAGUAUCAGCCCCAGCAACUGCAGCCAGACCGGAUCCAGUAAGAGGCCAGCUGGGCCAGACAGUCUCCACAAUAGGAGGGAGCAACGGGAUGCUCAAACAAUGACAGAAAGAAAAAAAAAAAAGCCAAAAAUAGCCAGAAAAAAGCAAAAAAACCCACAAAAAAAACCAACCCAACAAACUCGUUAGGUGCAUAUGAAUACCUAAGUAUUUAUGUAAUAUUAAGGGUUGUGGAACCCUUAAAAUAAUGACUACGUUCAUGGGGGAAAAGAAGGAAAAACAACAUGAUGAAGAUGGACUGAAAAGAAACAAACAAAGCUACGAGUACUUGCACACUUUAGUGGUCUGCUUCCAUCGCCUGUCUUCUUCCUUCCCCCCUUCCUUUUCCGUCAACCUGAAAACCUGCUGUUUACUACAAGAUACAAAAAGGUACUCAGAGAAUAUGAGAAACAAUCUUAUUUUUUGGUUGUACAAAAACUUUUUAAUACUCAGAUGCCUUACUGAAAAAACAAAACUAUUUUUGAAUAUUUAUUGCGACUUUAUUCGCAUGAGCUGUGAAUUGCAGACGGAAGAUUGGUAGUAAGUAUUUGCCUUGUUUAAUUCUCAUUAACUAAAUUAUUAUAUGUAGGUAAGUUCCUAAAUAAUGGGUGAAUCACUUCAAUGUGUAAAAGGAAGUAUUGUCUUUUAAGGAAAGCUGAAUAUUCCUUUAGUCGACGCACUGUAACAUUUUUCUUAUUGUAAUUGUUACUCUGUUAAAAUUCUCAGAUUUAAGUUUAUUUUUAAAAAUACAAAAAAAAACCCCACCCACAAGAGUACUUAUUGAAUACUUCGAUAGAUCUUUUGUUAUUGCUGCAACUUAUGGAGAAAAUUACAGUAUUUAUGUAAAACAGAGGAUUUGCAGGCUAUAGUCAGCAAAGCCAAGGAGAAGAUCAGGAACUGAACAAAAGUGUUAACGAAUUGAACAAAGGUUAAAAUGACAUUUUAUACCUGUGGUACGACAGCUGAAUAAAAAAAAAAGAAACUAUAUAAGUACAUUUUUACAAAGAUGGCAAUAAACUGUUUAAAAUUGUUA